CUGUAAUCAGCCUAUGUGCUGUGGUGAAACUCGUGGAGGCGCCGCCUUUUGCAGUCUGUAGUAUCAUCUCAGAAAAGCUGUGUCUACACCUUCGAAGAGGCCAAAGUCCAAUGCACAAUAGAAAAUACUAACCGCGGAUUAAAAGCGUUAACGUUAUACUUCAAGAGGGGAACGUCGUACCUAAUUGCAAUGGCCCGUGUAGCCACUGUUGUUUUAUUGUUGCCGUUCAUACUAACGGUAAGUAAAGAAUAAUACUUUUCAUAUCGUAACAGGUGUUGAUAACUAUAUACCCUAACAUUUAAAGCAGAUCUCUCCUUUGAGGUGUGGCACUCCUCAGGUAGAUUUAAGCGUCAAUGUCGACAAUACAGCAUAUAUCUCGAAUUAAUUUACCAUUUUAUUUUUUUGGCAUUGUAGCCUUCCCUUAAGCCUACAUGAAGAGAGUGUUUACUCUAUAUCCCGUGAUUUAAUUGCAAUUCCCCUUUCAUUGUUUGCGUGCAAGUGACAACGACUAUGGACAACAUUAGAAUAAAAACUGUUUAGCUGCGUAAUGGUGUUCAGGGAGUCAUAGCCUACAGAAAGUCAGACCACAUCUGGUCAAUGUCAGUGAAAGAACUGCUCGUAAAAAAUCUAGCUCAGAUUUAAAAAAAAUAUAUAUACUGACACCCACUAUCGACAGUGAUAUCACUAUUACAACUUUCUCCUUUAAAUGUUGUGAAAAUAAUUUGUGAGAUAUUUUCAUUGGUGCUCAGCAUACAGAAUAUUUUUUUUUUCUUCUCAGAAACUGAAUAGAUACAGCUUCCUUUAGUAGGUGUAGUGAUAGUGAACGAAAACUACUUGGCCUAAUAGCCUAAGGCUAUAUAAUUGUAAAUUGUAAGUAUGCAUGUCAGUUUUUCAAUAUGAAUAGGCCUAAACAUGCAAUUAUAAUUUGGCUUGGCAAGAAACCACACACUUUAGGCCUAUAUCCAUUAAUCUGUACAAAGUGGAACAGACACUGAGGAAACAAUCAUGACAUGGAUCUGUGUACAGCACACUCAAUUGCAUUUAGCUAUAACUACUGUGCUAGAAAAUAUAAGAUACUGUACAACUUCUACAGUGUUGAGUGAUUUAGAAGAGAUACAUUGGUAUUACAGUGUUAUUACAUUAGUAUUUAAUGAUGAGUCAAUGUUAUUGGUUGUGUUUUUCUCUGUAGUUUAUACGGGUGGUGGCAGCAGAAAGCGGUGGGCUGAAGCUGAGAAGACAGAAGAGAGAAUGGAUUAUUCCUCCUAAGAAGUUGAAGGAGAAUGUAGAUUACAGAAACAGGGAGUACAUCGCAAAGGUAUGAUCUCAUCUCGUAGUCAAACUCAUGGAGUGGUUCAGAUGUUUCCGACAACCAUAAGACCAUGACUUUGUCUGCGCAUGACAUACAGUCAGGUCUGAAAUUAUUGGCACCCUUCAUAAAGAUGAGCAAAAAAUACUGUAUAAAAUGAAUAAUACAAAUACUGAACUAUAUUGUAUGCAAACAUUUUUUUAUUUCAAUUAUUUUAUACUAAUACACUUGCUCAGAGAAUGAGAUGAGUUUGAUAAAUACAUUUUAUGUUUGAGUUCUAGAAAAGCAGGCAUACAACAAUAUUUGUUGAGAGACUUCAUGUUUUGUUUUUAGCCUGAACCAUUCCUCAGCCAGAAUGACUGUACUAUACGCGUGACCACACAUUGGGCUGUAUCUCUGAGCAGCUUGCUCACAACACAUACAUCUUUAUUUGUAUUUAUUUUAUUACUUGUUAAUAGUUUAAUACCUAUACCUUGACAUGAAAGCUAUAUUGAAAAUAAAUAAAUAAAUUAUAGUGUUGUACAACCUAGCUAUUCACCGAUGCUUACAACACAUUGUAUCUGCAUUUAGGGUCAUUCAUUGGUGACCAUAAUCCAUCUGUAUAAAUAUAGACUGUGAAGUGUUCGAUAGGCGUCUCAUGUUACUGCAUGUUUCUUUGGACAAAUGAGGCUGUUAUAUGAAUACUAUUACAAUAACAAUGGUGUUUUACUAUCAUGGCUAUUUAGGCCUCCUGUAGCUCAGUUGGUAGAGCAUGGCGCUUGCAACGCCAGGGUUGUGGGUUCGAUUCCCACGGGGGGGCAGUAUGAAAAAUGUAUGCACUCACUAACUGUAAGUCGCUCUGGAUAAGAGCAUCUGCUAAAUGACUAAAAUAUAAAAUGUAAUGGCUGAUUGGAAUGUGUGUCUGUGCCAGAUUCGUUCUGAUGAGCAGUACAAGUCGCGUGUGACGUACUCACUGACCGGGAUCGGUGCAGACCAAUACCCCCUGAACUUAUUCACCGUCAUCUCAGAUACAGGCCUUGUCAGAAUCAACGGCAUUCUGGACAGAGAGGAGACCGCUUCCUACCAUGUAAGCUUCCCACUAAAACGUAAUCCAAGGUGUGGAAUGCUUGUGCACAAAAUGUAAGAAAUUAAUAAAAAAUAUGUUGUUCUAUCAUGGCCUCUUUUAGUUACUUGGAGUAGCGAAGUACAACAAUGGAGACCGUGCAGAGAAGGACAUUGACCUGCAUAUUUUGGUUGAGGACCAGAAUGACUGCUCACCGGUGUUCAUUUUUGGCCAAUCUGGAUCCGUUAAUGAGUCAAGUGCUGCAGGCAUGUAGUUUCUAACUAUUGUAAAUGUUUCUAUCAAACUUGAUGAGAGUUAGUAGUCAGAGUAGUGGUAAUGGUUGAAGUUGUAGCAGCUGUUGUACUAGUAUUGCUAGUACCAGUGUAAUCAGUAGAAUAGUGACAGUAGUGAUACAGUAGUAGUAGUAGUAAUCAAAGUAGUAGUAGUAUUAGUAGUAUUAGUAGUACUAGUAGUAGUAGUAAAAUAAAUAGUAAUAAUACUACAGUAUAGUACUGGUAUACUGCACAAGUAAACCUUCCCCUUGGUCAAUUCCAGAAACCGUUGUCAUGAAAGUGAUUGCCACAGAUGCGGAUGAAGUGAACACUCUACACUCUCAGAUUUACUACAGCAUAGUGGAAAAGAGUGCUUCAGAUAGGAUGUUCGCCAUCAACUACCAGACUGGAGAGAUCCUGGUUCGCCAGACUACACUGGACAGAGAGGUGAGAGAGAUGCCUUGGUAUACUAUUAUACAGUACACUGUGCAUCUAUGUGAGCAUAGCACGGUAUGCGUUGACACUUUCAGAGGCCAUUUUGGCAAUAUUUGAGUAACUGUAAGUAACUGUAAGCUCCAUUGUAUUUCCUGGUUGUCUAGACUCAAGACACCUACACCCUGACUGUAAAAGGAUCAGACAUGAACGGAGCAUUCGGAGGAAACUCAGGAACAGCAGAAGUUGUGAUUAAAAUCCUGGACAUCAACGACAACAUCCCCACCCUGGAGAAAGAAUCUGUAAGAACAAAAUCUCUACUACUUUUCUAUUUUCUAUUCAGCAUAAUGGGGUUAUUCUAUUUAUUAUAUUGUAGCGACCCAACACCUAGCGGCCUCGGCAAGAGGUUCAGAUCUCUUGGCGUAAUGGCUAAGGUGUUGGGUUGACAGUUGCUGGACUCCCCGAAUUCACUGCAAUAUGUUCCUGGGUAUGUGUGUUUGCAGUACGAGGGCAGUGUGGAGGAGAACACAGUCAAUGUGGAAGUACUGAGGAUCAAAGCCACUGAUCUGGAUCUGAUGUACACUGAGAACUGGCUGGCUGUGUUCACCAUCAUCACAGGCAACGAGGCUGGCUACUUCAACAUCACUACAGACGCUAAGACCAACGAAGGCAUUAUAAUGAUAACCAAGGUAUGGGCUGUGAUUGACUCAGGCUGGAAUUGAAUGGAAUCACAAAGAACAUUUUCUUUUAGAUUGAAUUCCAGCCUCAGUGUCUUCCCACUGGGCAAAAACUAGUUGAAUCAACGUUGUUUCCACGUCAUUUCAACAAAGAAAUGCAAUGUGAUGACAUUGAAUCAACAUGGAAAACUGAUUGGAUUUGCAAAAAGUCAUCAACGUAAGGGAAUUUCCUAUUUUUUCACAGAACUUUUAACCUAAAUCCAAUGGCAUGGUGAAAUGUUUUGUUAAUUUCACGUUAGUUGACAGCUCAACCAAAUGUACAUCAAAACUAGACGUUGAAAUUACGUCUGUGCCCAGUGGGUUGUAACUACUCGUCUUCUCACCUUAUUCCAACAUUGUUUGUAUCACUUGACUGAUUCUACUGUUUUCCCCUGUUGUUUGAAUCUAAAGGCACUGGACUAUGAGGAGCUGAAAGUGCUCAACCUUGCCAUACGUGUUUCCAACAAAGCAGAGUACUACUUUGGCUCCUCCUCUACGAGUGGAUCCAUAGGAGGAGGAGGGGUUAUAGGAGGAGGUAUCACGGGCGGUGGUAAGACUUACCCCAUCAAGAUCAACGUGAUCAACCAGAAAGAGGGCCCCAAAUUCAAGCCAACGGUUAAAGUGGUGACCAUCUCUGAGGACUCCAGCACGGUCACCAUUAACAAGGUUAUCACUACCUAUGCAGCCAUCGACAGCGACACGUUACAGAUCGCUACCAAUGUUAGGUGAGGUGCCAGAUGUUUUCAUAUUGUUUUAUUGGAGUGAAGAUUAUGUGAUAUGAUGUGAUGUUAUGUGAUGUUAUGUUAAUCUCCAUCAUACUAAAGGAUCAUUUAGUUCAUCCUAAUCGUGUGCCAUUGUCAUGAUAAUUUUCUCAGGUAUGCCAAAUUAUACGACGUAGACCACUGGCUGAUCAUCGAUGAAAAGACAGCAGAGAUCAAGCUGAACAAACUGCCUGAUCGGGAGUCCAAAUACCUGGUCAAUGGAACAUACUACGCCAAGAUAAUAGCCAUCACAACCGGCAAGUACCCAUAGUAAUAUUCAAUUGGUCCUAAUGCCAUUCUGUAAGAUAUGGAAUGAAGUCAAGAUAUCUGCCUAGAACAGUCGUAGUUGGAGAUGCACUCUAGGACCUUUGCGCCACGAGGAGCUAAAAGAGAAUAAGUCAAGUCUGUAUCUAAUUAUGUAUUUUCUUUUGGUGUCCAGAUCUGCCAUCCAAAACAGCCACAGGGACAAUAGCCAUCCAGGUGGAAGACUUUAACGACCACUGUCCCACGCUGACAGCUACGACUACAACCAUGUGUCUGGGGGAUACCGCUGUGUACAUCACGGCUGUGGACGGGGAUGCCUUCCCCAACGGAGCUCCUUUCAAGUUCAGAGUGAUUCAGGAGGACAGCAAACAGAAGUGGAUGGUGGAGCACCUCAAUGGUAACAGGCCUAGUCAAGGACUUUGAGGUUUGGCAUUUAGGAAGCAGAUAGACAAUAUGACAAGCUUCUCACCAAGGGGCUGUUUUGGAGUUAUUUUGUUGAGCCUGAUAGAAAUUGCGGUCUUAAUCUGAAUUUAAAUUAUAUAUUGUUGUAUGUUUGCAUGGAAUUGAUUGAUAGAUUUGAUUUUACGAUUUGUACAAUUUAUUUUUAUUUUCUCUCUUUCAUGUUCCUUUUAGCCACCACUACCAUUUUACGAGACCAUGCCCACCUGUGGCCAGGUCACCACAAGGUUGCUGUGGAGAUCCAUGACCAGCAGGGGAAGGGCUGUGCUGAUGUCCAGAUUCUGAACGUGAUUGUGUGCACCUGUGAUGAGGUCAAUAAGGUCUGUUUCGACCGGUUGACGGGCAAGGACGUCACGUUAGGAGCGCCUGCCGUCCUACUGCUCCUCCUGGGCCUCCUGCUGUUGCUGCGUGAGUAGGCCCUCUGUUAUCUUCAUACUCAUUGGCUUCCUCAGACUGACUACUUGAUAAGAAUCUAGGAAGGAGAGACUGCUUCGUAAUGCUCACUAACUAGACCUGUUUCAGCAUGCUUUGAGUGAUUAGUAAGAUGGCCAAGACAAGUAAUUGAUGGGUCAUGUCCACAACAGGUCUUUCUGACAACCCACAGGGCACACACUAGUUGAAUCAACAUUGUUUGACGUGGAACCAACAUGGAAUAGACGUUGAAUUGACGUCUGUGCCCAGUGGGAAGGCAUCCAGGCCUCUCGCCUAGCAACAUGUCUUGUGCUUUUGUCUUGUGCCCAUGAGUUGAAAUGUGGAAUGUGGGUUUACAGUGGUGCCUCUCCUGCUGCUGUUCUGUCUAUGUGGAGGAGCGGCGGCCAUUGGAGACUUUAAGGCCAUCCCGUUUGACACUAAAGAACACCUGAUUGCAUAUCACACUGAAGGACAAGGAGAAGACAAGGUAUUUUAUACAUAAUGGCACUGCCAAUGGAUGACAUCAAAAUAUUCUAGAGGUAGUGAAUAAGAAUGAUCUUUGGAAAUACAUGUUAUGUUCUGUUAUUGCUCAAGUUGAAGUUUGAAUUGCUCUGAAAUUCCCUCCUCUGAUUGACCCACUCAUUCCCACUCACAGGAAGUUCCUCUCCUGAACGUUCCUGUAGAGAUGGGAACUGUGAAUGUAGUCAAGUCCGGGGGAAAUACGGGAUUCAUAGGAGGAGUAGGGGCGGUAGGAAGAGGAGAAGCAGGAGUCAUCUCAGGGGACGGCUUCCCCUCGUCCUCAAUGUUCACAGGAGCGCACCACCAGUACCAUGGCAUCCAUAAGCCCAAUGGCAGAUUAGAGGUGGACUACGGCAUGGGCGGAGAAACCAGGACAGAACAUCAUGAACACUCAUUGUUCUCCAGAUACCGAGCUGGUGCUUACGACGGGAUCGCGCUCUCUGAGGAAGUCCUAGAGGAGUACUACUCUGCAGUGAGUAUCUUAGAUCAUCCAACUUCUUGGAUUACUCCUUUGACAUAGGACUUGAGGGGAAGUGUUAUUGUAGCCAUUUUGAUUCAAUGUGUCAUUGUCUUAAUAUAUCUGUCCCUAUCAUAUGACCUUUGCAGAAGGCCAAUCAUGCUGCGCAGAACGACCAACAGCGAGAUGCCCUGCUGAUUUACGACUAUGAAGGUCAGGGGUCACCGGUAGGGUCUGUGGGCUGCUGCAGCCUCAUGGGGGCCGAUGACGACCUGGACUUCCUCAACGACCUGGAGCCCAAGUUCAAGACCCUGGCCCAGAUCUGCCAGGGGUCGAUAGCUAUGGAGGCGGAGACUGUCAAUGUGUCUGUCUCACCCCCUAGUCCUAGUCCUAUCAUAUCCACUCACACAGACGUCAGCAGAAAUACUGCUCUCAAUGUCAAUACCCUCACCACCUCCACCUCCUCCAUCCCCCUACAGGAGAGCCUGAUUACUCGGGCCCAGGGAUCGGCCACCAUCCCCAGGGUUCACAUCCAGGAGAACGUGGUGAUCCCCAGCCAGACCCUCCUCACCCAGCAGCCCACCAUGUACUAUGCCGCUGCCCCCACCAUGUACAUGAUGGAGCCUCAGCCCCAGUUGUUGCUGGUGGAGCAGAGAGGGGGAAGUGGUUAUGUCCAUGCCCAGCAGGCGGUAGGCCAGGUGGGGGUAGGGACCAGUCAGGGGAUGGUGCAAGUAGGAGGGCUCCAUGGUCCUCAGGGUAUGCUGCUAGUAGAGAGGCAGGUGGGGGUGGGUGGUGGUGGGGGAGGCCAGUUCUUUAUGGGCGGAGGCCAGUUCUUACAGGGAGCCGGCCAAACUAUUACUGGGGGAGGUCACGUUAUUACAGAGACGAGCAAAACCAUUACGCAGGGAGGCCAGAUUCUACAGGGGGCAGGGCAGACCAUGAUCGGAGGAGGCAAUCUCUCGCCAGGGGGAAGUUUCUUGCAGGGUUCUAGGAAUGUGCUGGUUGUUGAGAGCGGGUCUGGACCAGCCUCGGCAGUAGGGGGCGGUGUAGGCUUAUGGGCACCCCAGGUCACCCUGCAGAGAGGCCAGGGGUCGUCCUCCACCUCUUCCUCGGUCCAGGGGUUAAAGGUCAGUGGUCAUAGUGUAGAGGUGAGAGGUCAGAGUGGUGCUUCCUCCUUGACCUCCAGCUCUCUGUGUGGCUCGAUGGGGUAA